AUGAACUUCAAAAACCUCUUUUUGUCCUUCUUCCUGGUCUUCGCGGUUGGACUCGCUCUGGUCCACGCCGAGGAGACUAAGGAGCCACGAGGCCCAAAGAUCACAAGCAAGGUUUUCUUUGACAUUGAGCAUGGAGACAAGCCUUUGGGCAGAAUUGUGCUUGGAUUGUACGGCAAGACUGUCCCUAAGACAGCUGAGAACUUCCGCGCUCUCGCUACCGGUGAGAAGGGCUUCGGUUAUGAGGGCUCUACCUUCCACCGUGUCAUCAAGAACUUCAUGAUUCAGGGCGGUGACUUCACCCGCGGCGAUGGUACUGGUGGGAAGUCGAUCUACGGCGAGAAAUUCAAGGAUGAGAACUUCAAGCUUAGGCACACCCGCAAGGGACUUCUGAGCAUGGCAAACGCUGGCAAGGAUACCAACGGCUCUCAGUUCUUCAUUACCACCGUUGCUACUCCAUGGCUGGAUGGUCGCCACGUUGUUUUUGGUGAGGUCCUUGAGGGCUACGAAAUCGUGGAACAGAUCGAGGAUGUGCCCAAGGGCCCUGGCGACAAGCCUGCGCAGACCGUCAAGAUCGUCAAGAGUGGAGAGAUCGAGGAUGAAUCCACCAAAGGUAGCCACGAGGAGCUGUAG